GUACAUUUUAUACUACAUCGUGACCAUCGUGUAUGUAGUAAUUGAUUAAUCCCCUAUCCCACUUCGUCCAUUACCGAUCACAAUGUCUACACAAUGUCGCUUACUGCGUUUAGUUACCACAUUGUAUAAUUAAGUUAUCUACGCCCCGCCUUCCCUGGAGAGCGGGCCAAAAUCAGCCAGUCCCGAAUCCGCGGCUGACGCGUUGCUUGUCAAAUUGACGGAUCGUUCUACGAGUUUCGAAAAAAAAGUGAGUGGGCUCGUGUGUGAGUGGCUUUACAAUUUAUAAAAACUGGUGUUAUAGGAUUGGAGAUUUAAUUGUGAUUUUAUAGUGAUGUGGUAAAAAAUGUGGUUGAUUUGGUGAAAUUUUUGUGCCUAAAUUGAGCAUUCAAUCGAGAAUGUCCAGCUACGGCAGCAUCUCUCCCUCGGACGAAGGCUUCGACCGAUAUGAGCCUCCCUUCUAUUGCCCUCCUAGUCAUCAAGGAAGCCCCAUGGACGGCGGAGUGUACUGGCCCGGGGUCGAACCCGAGUUCGACUCCAGGGACGUAUACCACGAUAACCAGCACUACAUCUCCAGGAGCUAUGGUUACGAUGACGUGAACAUGUCCAACGACCCCUACGACGGCUUCCAGAACGUGCACCAGAACUACAUGCAGAACAACACAGGAGUGGAGUGCGAACUCCAGCUACCCCGCUACCCCCGCCCCGCCGCCCCCUCCUUCGUCCGCGUCGUCAAGCGACGCAGCACGGCCAACAAAAAGGAGCGCCGGCGCACACAGAGCAUUAACACUGCCUUUACGGAUCUGAGGGAGUGUAUACCUAAUGUGCCCCCGGACACCAAGUUAUCUAAGACGGCAGUGCGGUCGGCGGGCGUGAACGCUGCGUUCUCACUGCUGCGCGCGCGCAUCCCGCGCGUCGCGCCCGACACUAAACUAUCCAAGAUCAAGACGCUUCGGCUGGCCACCUCCUACAUCUCCUACCUUCUCAAGGUCCUGGAGACGGACGGGGAACCGGCAGGAGGCUUUAGAGCUGAGCUGCAUCACGCGCCCCCGCGCCGAAGAGCUGAUACACAGAGCACAGCAGAGAAGAGAGGGAACGGGCGGACGGGCUGGCCGCAGCACGUGUGGGCGCUGGAGCUCAAAACAGAACAAAACCUGAAGACCUAGCUCUAGGUACCUUGUGACAGUUGCCACGUUUUUCACGCGGCCACCAAACUAAAGGAUAAAUUAAUAACAUUUCGAGUACCUUUUCGAUCAUAUUAGAGUCCAUUGUGGGAAUUAGGUACUUGUCAUAGUAAACUUUAUGGAACUACGCGAAUAUUUUGCUGUUAUGUUCGUUUGUUUAGUUACAUAAGUAAAAAAAAUACCAUUUCUCUAGAUAUUCUACAGCGGUAUCGGUAUACGGGACAAAUACGGGACGCGAUCCUUCAAUAAUGUGACAACCCUAUGGCAACCCUAUAACCCUGGCUAUACUUUUCAUUGAAAGUACUUGUUAACUUUUGUUUCAAGAUUUUUUUCAUAUUUACACCCAGGAGGGGGGACACAUUUUUUUCUUCGGAACGAUUAUUUCCGUAAAUAUUUACUUUAUCAAAAAAUGGUACCUAUUUGUUUUUAAAGACAACAAUUAAUCCAACAAACAAACAACCUCGUUUAAACGUAUUUUUUUUUCCAAAAAAAUAUGGGAGCAAAAGUAUUGGAGGUACCUUAAACAAAAAUUGUAUUCUAGUUUUUUUUAUUAUACCGUUCUGUUGCCAUUCAUGAUUUAUGUAUACGAACAUGGCGAAACUAUAAGGGUUCCUAGUUGACUACAGAACCCUACAAAACGUCCAGAGGGCCUACCGCGGACCACGUUCGACGUGUUGCCUCUCUGUCGCACUUGUACAUUUGUACGUAAGUGUGACAGGGAGGCAACACGUCAAACGUGGUUCGCGGUAGGCCCUCUGUACAUUUUUAAACAAGUGGGUGUUAGGGAUGCAUAUGCGAGGGAAAUCACGCAUGAAAGAAAAUAAGUAAUUGUGUUCACUUUCUGCCAAAAAAACAUGUCGCAUGUUUUCACAUAUAUUCAAAACGUACUUAUGUGAAUUAGAAGCUCAUAAAAUAAGCAAAAUAAUUAUAAAAUGUUAAAUUAAAUAUUAGAGUUAUUUACGUAUGUAAGUAGUUGAGUUUAAAUUAAUUAGUAUACUUAAUAGUUAAAAAACGUGAGAAAUGCCUAGAAAGAAACCUUUUACUGCGCGCUACUCCUCAGAGCACAAAAGUCCUACACCUAUAUCUUAUCACGCACACAGCACAGACACACACGGCAAAAGUUUCGCCUUUUGUUUUGUGUGCUGCAUCAAAAAAAGUAAGUGUGCUAAGCGCGAAGAAUUUUGUACAUUGACCCGACGUUACCUAUUAGCUUUACAGUAGCGCGAAUAUUGCUGUCCCACUCGGACAGUGGCUUUGACUGCCUGUAUCAUGGGCGGGACAGAUACAUAGCCGGUAAAUAACUCUGUUAGUAGAAAAAAGCGCGAAAUUCAAAUUUUCUGUAGGAUGACUCUUUGCGCCUACAUUUUUUGAAUUUGCCGCUUUUUUCUACUGACAGAAAUCGUCGGGGAUAGUGCAAUACCGCGUAAAAUACUCUUACAAAAUUAUACGUGCUUAGCGUCCUUACUUUAGAUUUAGUAGAGUUUAAGAAUGACGUAUCUCUACCCCUGUAUGUGUAUGUAAUGUUGAUGGGGGCAUUUCUUAAGUUUUUUCGAAUGUCACGAUGUAAAUGUCAUAAUGUCAUAAUGUAAAUGACAUAAAGAAUCUCGCAAUGAUGUGCCAAAGAGUAAAAUAAAAUAUUACUUAAUUA